AUGGAUCCUUUUUCCCUAAACUCUCUCGGGUUUGUUAACCUAUUAGCUUCCCAGAGCAGUCAAACAAUAGACGUAGAGUCUUCUGAGGUUCCUAGGUUUAGUAGCCAGAGCUCUGAAGAUCCUAAACCAGUGGAAAGGAGAAAGUGGACACCAAAAGAAGACAUUGUGCUCAUCAGUGCUUGGUUGAACACCAGCAAGGAUCCCAUAGUGAGUAAUGAGCGGAAGGUGUGCAAGUUUGUGGGAAGCUACGAGGCCGCUUUGAAGGAGCAAGCUAGUGGCCAAAAUGAAAAUGAUGUCAUGAAGGCUGCCCAUGACACCUUCUUAAAUGACUACCAGGUCAAGUUCAGCCUUGAACAUGUCUGGAGGGAACUUAGGUUUCAUCAAAAAUGGAGAUCAAACUCUUUGUUCAGAGAUGGUGCAAAGGACAAAAGGAAGGAAGCUGCGGAGAUGGUGUCUGACUUGGAAGAGGUUAGGCCUACUGGUGUUAAGGCUUGUAAAGCAGCCAAACGCAAGAAGCAUGGGAAUGAAGCAGCUUUUGAUCAAUUACAGAGCAUGCUAGUUGUGAAAGAGAACAUAUCCAAAUAG